AUGAUGUUCUCCAAGGCCCUCGUCGCUACUGCCUUUGCUACCCUCACCUCUGCCCUCCCGCACGUGAUGCGCAGCGGCAACUCCACCACCACCGAGUCCGGCGGUGGCAGCGUGCAGAUUGUCAACCAGCUGGACCAGACCGUUUACGCGUGGUCUGUCGCUGAUAGAGUCAGCGAUAUGCAUACCCUCUCUGCGAACGGCGGCUCCUACACCGAGAAGUGGCGCACCAACGACAACGGCGGCGGCAUCUCCAUCAAGCUGUCCACCAAGCCCGACCAGUCCGAUGUCCUCCAGUUCGAGUACACCCAGUCCGACCAAACUAUCUUCUGGGACAUGUCCUGCAUCGACCUCGGCGUCCAGUCGGAGUUUACCAAGUACGGCUUCUCCGUCACCCCCUCCAAGUCCGGUGACAAGAGCGACUGCCCCUCCGUCAACUGCCAUGCCGGCGACACUGCCUGCGCCGAGGCCUACCUUCAGCCCAAGGAUGACCAUGCCACCCAUGGUUGCCCCAUCGACACUGCUUUCACCCUCAACAUUGGCAACUAA